UAUCGCAAGCUGCGGAAUAUAAACAUGGAUAGUUUUAACGAAGACCUAGGAAAGUCGAACUUCAGUAGUGACAGUGAGCUACCAACUAUUAUCGAUCAGUACGAAAAGACUUUGGAAGAAACUUUACAGAAACAUGCGCCUUUAAAACGAAGAACUAUUACUCUCCGGCCAUCAGCACCAUGGUAUAACGAGGAAAUUGGUAAAGCCAAAAGACACCGUAGAAGACUUGAGCGUCGUUGGCGAGCAUCUAGACUGUGCAUUGACAAAGAGAUAUAUAUUAAACAAUGUCAGAUAGUGAAUGAUAUGAUCAAGGAAGCGAAGACAACAUAUUACUCCUCCGCCAUUUCUAAUAAUAAAUAUAAUCAGAAAGUAUUGUUUGAUACAGUUGACAAACUACUUCACAGAAAACCAGAGAAAUGUUAUCCAACUACAUCAUCAAAAACUGAGCUAGUUAAUAAUUUUGGGGACUUCUUUAGUAACAAGAUAGCAGUUUUACGUAGUGAUUUGGCCAUAUAUCCACCUAUGACAAUCAUUUGAGACCAGCGGAACUGUUGACACAAUGCGUUGAGUUUAGAGUCUUUCAAACGGUAACGGAGCAAGAAGUCGAAAAUAUUGUUGACGCGAAUGGCAAAAAAUCCUCUGAACUCGACCCUAUACCUGCAACAAUUCUUAAAGGCUGUAAAAAGACUCUACUACCUACGUUUACUAACAUCAUCAACAAGUCACUCGAAACUGGAUGCAUGCCUGUACAACUCAAAGAGGCUAUGUUAAAACCUAAGCUGAAGAAAAGCAAUUUGGAGUUCGAAGAAUACUCAAACUUCAGACCAAUUUCAAAUCUUAAAUUUCUAUCUAAGAUAAUCGAGAAAGCUGUUGCUACUCAACUCAUGGAACAUUUAGUCAAUAAUAACUUAGAAGAACCUCUCCAAUCAGCAUAUAAACGCUUCCACAGUACCGAAACGGCCCUGCUUAAAGUUCAGAAUGACAUUCUUAUCGCUAUUGACAAUCAGAAAUGUGUAGUUUUGCUGUUGUUGGACAUGUCAGCCGCGUUCGACACAGUUGACCAUGAAAUCCUAUUGGAACGAAUGUCAAAACGGUUUGGAAUUAAAGACAAGGUGCUAGAAUGGUUUCAGUCCUACCUUCAAAACAGGACACAAACUGUGAUGAUUGAUGGCGUUAAAUCUGCUGCUAAAGAUCUCAAUUGGGGAGUUCCGCAAGGCUCAGUUCUGGGCCCUAUUUUGUACCUGUUAUACACCUCGCCCAUUGGAGAUAUUAUUAGACGUCAUGAACUUGACUUUCAUUUCAUUUCUAUGCUGAUGAUUCGCAACUAUAUCUUGCUUUUGAGCCAACUACAGAUGAAUAACCGGGUGCACUUGUGCGAAUAGAAACAUGCGUUAGAGAGAUCGACUCGUGGACGGUUAGUAAUAAAUUGAAGCUAAAUGGAGACAAGACAGAGUUGUUAGUAAUAAAUGCACGCCAUCGCCCAUGCCCGCUUAUAGAUCAUAUAGAUAUAUCCAAUUUUAAAAUCCAACCAUCUGAAACAGCUAGUAACAUUGGCGUAACAUUCGACCGACAUAUGUCUCUAGAUCAACAUGUGACUAAUAUCUGCAAGACAUGUUUCUUUCAUUUGCGUAAAAUAGCAAAGAUAAGAGCUUAUCUAUCUACAGCAGACACUGAAACUCUGGUCCACUCAUUUAUUACUUCUGAACUGGAUAGCUGUAAGUCUCUGCUAUAUGGGUUGCCAAAACUCAUGAUUGAUCGAUUACAAAAUGUGCAGAACAGUGCAGCGCGUUUGAUAGCAAGACGUAGAAAAUUUGAUCAUAUCACCCCUGUUAUGAAAGAACUGCACUGGCUUCCCGUAAGCCAACGUAUCAUUUACAAGAUACUUCUCAUCACCUACAAAGCUCUAAAUGGUCUUGCACCAAGCUACAUUAGGGAUAUGCUGCAACCGCACAAAUCAACAAUGAAUCUACGUUCAUCGAUGAAAGGACUACUCUCAAUACCCCCCAUAAAGUUGGUCAACUAUGGUCAAAGAUCAUUUUCAUAUGCAGCACCAAAACUAUGGAAUGAACUUCCAGAUUCAGUACGACAUAGUGAAUCAAUAUCUAUUUUUAAAACAAAAUUGAAGACAUAUCUAUUUAAAAAAUUUUAUAAGUAAUUGACACUAGUUUUACCAAUUUUAACUAUUGCUAGUUGUAUCUAUCUAACUGAAUUUUUAUCUUAUUCACUUCUUAUAUUGACUUUUAUAUAGUAACUGUAAAUAAACUUAAAUUUUUAAAUGGAUUGAUGUAAAUAUAUUAAAAUUUUCUAAAUACUGUAAAGCGCCAUUGAGCUAUAGGAAAUGGCGCUAUAGAAAUACAUAUUAUUAUUAUUAUUAUUAUUAUAUAUGGCAAGUUUCUUGUUAUAAUUAGUCAAUCCAAAAUCGGUUACACAAAUUAAGCCGUAAAACUGCAUGUUCAUACCAUUGGCAUUGAAAAACAAUAUUAAUUCUCCUUUAAUUUAGGAUAGAUCUAGAAUAUUUAAACUUUGACAUCCUUUUCCAUCUGUGAUGAUAUCGAAUUACAUGAUUGAUUUUAUGCCUUUGAGCUGAUUCAUUUUCCCAUACUGCAGAUCUAUGUUUAUAUGGUUUAAUAUUGUAGGCCACAUAAACUUUUUGGCAAUAAAGAAAAAGUGGAGUGUGACCAGGUAAAUCAUGAAAAAGAUGACUAUGACGAGUGGAACGAUGGUUUAUCUGAAAGUGAAGACGAUGUCGACGUUCCUUGUCAUGCCGUAAGUCAAAACUUUUCAAAUAAUAUAGUUUUAUUGCCAACGUGAUAGGCCAUAAGUUGUCGAAAGAAGUAUUGAAUUCUAGAUUAGCUCAUUACAUGCAGUCCUUAUGCGGGUUGAGAUCGAAUUUAUUGUUGCUUGAAACUUUAAUCAAAGAAAAGCAAAUUCCAAUAUUGCCUUUUGACAUAUUUUAGCCGGUAAACUUGCGCGAUUGUCUGAUUGAAUUAAUUCCCUAGACCGAGCACAAUUUGACGCUCAGUUUUUGAAAUAUAUAUAAGAAAAUUGGUAAGAAAACCAACCUAUUAUAUGAAUACCUUUGUCAUUGGCUUUCUGAAACAAAAGUGACCAUGUAGUGUUUAUUAUUAGUUCUUUAGAAGUUCGAUUUCAACAGUUAUAAUAUUAGUCUUUUAUUCAGUGCCGUAGGAAGGGCGGGCUCUGCCCCUCCGCCCAAUGGGCAGAAGGACUGCCCUUGUGAAAAGCUGAAAUCGAGGCAGAAAUUGGGGGGGGGGGCGAUGUGUCAAUAAUGAUACCCAUCUGUUUUGUUUACCGAUAAAAGUUGUAGUCUUCCCUAUCUAGAAUCCUAACUACAGUAAAAAUGUAAUAUGGUUGUUGAAAGCACAAUUGAACUUGAAUUUGCGCGCAUAGCAGCAGUCAUAACGGCCAAGUGAGCUUCAUUCUUUUUACUACAAAAACUAAGACAUCGUGCUAUUUCGCUGUUGUAUAUCUGCGUGUACAGUACAACGUUUUACAUAAAGAUUUUUUCGAUCUAACGACAUUGGGCGACUUAAUUUAAAAUGGCUUUUUGUGGUUGUAACUUUUCUUCAAACCUUGUCCUAAAGGACAGGGGGAGCAUGCCUUUUAGUCUCGCAUUCGAAAUGCCUAACCCCCCCCCCCCAAGUUUAGAACCUGCAGGCUACGCCACUGCUUUUAUUGUCAUAAUCAACCAAUCUCAAAGCCUGUUUAUGUACAAGUCUAUGUAUAUAGCCGAAUUUGAAAGUUUCGGCUAAAUUCUCAACUUUCGCGUACCUCUUCCCCAAACACUUGGUGAUUAUGUAUCUCAGUUCGAAAGUUUUCGUCUCAAACUCAUUAAAAAUCGUGACUAAAUUACUGAGCCAACCAUAUUACUCUAUUUUGUUCAAAUGAUAAUACUAUAAAGAUACGUGAUCGGAAGUAUAUUAAUUGAACUAGUGCUAGAACUCAUGGAUCAAAAUGAAUUCAGUCCUUGGACUGGAUCAAAAUUAAAAGUGAUUUAGGCUAUUCCUCGCAUCGUGAUCCAAUUGCGCGGACUUGAAAUCUAGUCCAGUUCUCCUAGUUGAAUUUGAAAUAUUACUGUACAUGAAAUUUUAAGCACAUUUUAAAUUUAACUAAUAAUUAUCUGACUCUUCACUUACAUUCGUUAAGCAAUCAAGCAUAGACAAUCUAGAACAUCGGUUGGCGUUAAUCAGUUUCAAUUGCAGUUAUUACGACGUAAAUCUCUGGAAACCAGUCUUUCCCCCGUAUCAAUUAGUAUAUUUUUUAUAUUUACAUUAAAAUCUUUUCACUGAAGAUUCCGGUUGACUGUGGGGAGAAAUUUAUCGCCAAGACUGACAGUACAGGACAAGAGAACGAAAUGGAUUUCAAGAAAGGAGAUGAAAUGAUUUUGCAAGGGGUUCGUACUGACGGUUGGUGGUAUUGUUUGAACAAAGAACGAAAUACGUAUGGCUGGGUUCAUGAAAGUUCCCUUCAAAAAUGUUGA